AGGGUUUUGUCCUUUAAGGCACCUCACCGCACCGCAUAUCCUUCCUCAUUUUUGGGUAUCGGUUCCCAGCUCAGCUCCUUCCUCUUCCUCUCCUCCAAACCUAACUCAUCUAGAGUAAUGGAGCAGUCUUUCAUUAUGAUCAAGCCCGAUGGCGUCCAGAGAAACUUGGUCGGUGAGAUUAUUAGCAGGUUUGAGAAGAAGGGCUUCACUCUGAAAGGUCUGAAGCUUAUUACCGUGGACCGCGCUUUUGCUGAGAAGCACUACGCCGAUUUGUCUGCAAAGCCAUUCUUCAACGGACUUGUCGAGUACAUCAUUUCAGGUCCUGUUGUCGCCAUGGUUUGGGAGGGCAAGAACGUGGUCGCUACCGGAAGGAAGAUCAUUGGGGCCACAAAUCCUGCUGAAUCUGCCCCGGGAACCAUCCGUGGCGAUUACGCAAUUGACAUCGGCAGGAAUGUGAUUCACGGCAGCGAUGCCGUGGAGAGUGCAAGAAAGGAGAUUGCUCUUUGGUUCCCCGAAGGACUUGCCGAAUGGAGGAGCAGCCUUCACUCAUGGAUCUACGAGUGAAAUUGAACUUGAAUUUAAUCUAUCUUAUGGCCGGUCGUCGGCUAUACCUAUACUUAUUUACCAGUGUUUCAAACACUAUGUCGAACCUAUUUUGAAUUUUAUAAGCUGGAUGAUGUGUCGAUUGCCUA